AUUUGGAAUCAAUUUCAGCUUGUAUAUAUAAUAUUGUAUCUAUUUGCAUUGUUGAGAGAUGCUCUCGCCCUUCACACACCCCUUUCACCCUCAGCAGGAAACACUAACAAAGUGUUUCAUAACAUCACUGAACCAUGGCGUCGUCUAACCGUCUCACAUCCUACUUGGCGUUUGUUGUGUUUACCAUCACGUUGGUAACCUCCGCAGAGCUUUGAGCUGUUGUUUCUCUCUUCUUCGUCCCAGGCCCCUUGAAUCGUCUGAUUAACUAACAAUUAAUGUUGCGUUUUUUUAGGGUGCAUUCCAGUAUGGAUACCACAAUGGCGAACUCAAUACACCACAAGCUGUUAUUUCCAAAUGUCAAACCAAACAAGGCAUUCUUAUCGAACCCAAUGACGGGGACAAUAGCAGCGGUCUACCAGGCUGCAUCCGCAUGUCGGAUGCCAAAUACUCGCUCGUAGUGGCCAUGCUGACAGCAGGCGGUCUCAUUGGCGCCUUAUCGGCGUCGUAUGUUAGCGAUCGAUUUGGACGACGAUUAUCCCUUUUCGGCACAGCCUUGUUGAUGGGACUCGGUUCCGUCAUCAUGACCUUUGCAUUCAAUGUAGCAACGUUAAUGGCCGGACGAUUUGUAGCGGGACUAGGCAGCGGUAUCGUCACGGUGGUGGUUCCUGCGUAUAUUGCGGAAUGCGUGCCUAAAGGCAGUCGCGGAUUUUUCGGCACAUUGAACCAGCUAGCUAUUGUGGUUGGUAUUUUGGUGGCACAAGGUAUAGGCAUGGCAUGGUCGACGCUGGCUGCCUGGCGAUCUAUUUUGGCUAUUGGUGUCGUGUUAUCGAUAGCACAGCUCUUGCUGCUUCCGUUUUGUGUCGAUUCUCCACGCCAUCUUGCAUCAAUCCCCGGUGGGCUAAAUAGUGCAAAAGCCUCGUUGCUGCGUCUGCGUGGACCCCCUAUUGAACUCGUCGAGGCUGAAGUUAAUGAGUGGCGAAACGAACAAAUGGGCACUGCAACUGGUACAGGAGGACAUCAUCCAUAUGGCGAUGAAGAGGAACACGGAGAAGAUAAUGAAGGAGGAAUCGAUCAAGAACAACAACAACAUCUUGUUGCUACGGCAGAAUCUGAGCGGCCCAAGGUGAACGUUAUACGGUUAUUAUCGAUGCCUCAGUAUCGACGACCGCUUAGCAUCGUCCUACUGCUUCAAUUGACGCAACAAUUCUCGGGUAUCAAUGCAGUCAUUUUCUACUCGACUUCGAUCAUGUCAGCAGUAUUCCCUCAGUCAUCGGAUUUGAUCACUGUAUAUAUCUCCGUUGUCAACCUGGCCAUGACAAUUGUAUCGGCAUAUCUGAUGGAUCGUGUGGGUCGUCGCACUCUGUUCCUUGCAUCUUCCUCCAUGAUGUCCGUGAUGAGCAUAUUGCUUGGAUGGAGUAUUGAAGCCGCGGGCCAGGAUAAAGUGUCAGCAGCAGCUAUUAUUGGCUUCGUAGCGGCGUUUGCAAUUGGCUUGGGCCCCAUUCCAUUCCUCAUGAUACCCGAGUUGGUGGAUACACCGGCUGUCUCGAGUGCAGGAUCUGUUGGGUUGGCGUGUAAUAUGGUCUCUAAUUUUGUCGUUUCGGCUGGGUUCCUAGGCCUUCGGGAUAUUAUCGGCCAAGACGGCGUCUUUUAUUUGUUUGGAGGUAUCCUCGUCGUCAUGACCGGCCUGGCGUGGUGUAUCUUGCCCGAAACAAAAGGGCGGAGUGCAGACGAAGUCAUUCGGUCCAACUGGGCUGUUCGUCCGCCUCAACAUUAUCAACCCGUACGCUCAACUUCCUCCAACAACGUCGUCGUCGCUGCCGAUGCAUAAAAUGAAUCGAAAAUAUCCCCAACACUUGUUUUUCGUUUUUUUUUUUUUGCGGUUGUAUGUAUGUAUUAAAACAUCCUUUAUUCCAUAGUCCUUUUUAGAUUCCAUCUUCAAUUCGUGUUUGUUUGUGAACCCAGAAACUUGGAAAUAAACUUGAUUAACGAGCCAAAAUAGCACAAUGAACGUAUGUAUAUGUGUAGCCUUUGGGCUUGGUUUCUUUGCCGUCGCCACCAUCGCGUUGUUUAUUAACACGCUACCGUUACACUUAACUCAAUCUCUUCAUAAUUUCCAAAUCUUCCUCUACAUACCUAAAAUAAAUCGUCAUUUUUGAUAUGCCGUUCUUGGU